AAAACCAUCAGAAUCAUGAACAAAACAUUUAAUUUAUGCUCUCUUUUGCUAUAGAAUUUAAUUUCUUCUGGUCCCAAUAGAGAGACCAUUUUAAAUAACCGUUGGGAGCAGCAGCAAACAACAUUUACUUCUAACGGUUAGUUUCUUCUUCUAUAUAUGCAAACCCAAUCAUUCAUUCACAACAGAGUCCAAAUAAAACAAAACCAGUCUCAUACACAACUUAACUAUAAUGGCUAAGAUAACUCUCGUUAAUACUUCCUGUCUGUUAUCCUUCUUCUUGUUAUUGUUGGCUGAUCUCUACUGUUGCAAAGAGAUUCUGGUCGGAGGCAAACACACUGCUUGGAAAAUCCCUUCUUCACCCUCUGACUCGCUCAACAAAUGGGCUGAGAGUUUGCGGUUUCAUGUUGGAGACUCUCUCGUUUGGAAGUACGAUGGGGAAAAGGAUUCGGUUCUGCAAGUGACAAAAGAUGCAUACAUUAACUGCAACACCACAAACCCAGCAGCUAGCUACAGCAACGGAGACACUAAGGUGAAGCUAGAGAGAUCUGGACCUUUCUUCUUCAUCAGCGGCUCUAAGAGCAACUGUGUCCAAGGCGAGAAGCUUCACAUUGUUGUCAUGUCUUCUCGUGGUGGUUUCUUCACUGGGGGCUCUGCUCCUUCUCCUGCACCUUCUCCUGCUCUUUUGGAAGCUCAAGCUGUUCCUCCUGCAACUGGUUCUGCUUCUUCUUUGACUAGUAGAGUUGGGGUUUUGGGAUUUGUUUAAUUAGCAAUCGUUUGUCUGAGUUUACCUAUAUAGACUUUUGUUUAGAUUCCAUCUCUGCUAAAAGAUUCUUUCAUCUAUGAGAUUGUUUUAAAAUU